UCUACAGGAUUCCGCCAGCUACAGAUUUAUUCCUUUCAAUUCUCAUUUCAUCAUCUGUCACACAGAUCCUUCGACGUACGCAACAAUACAGAUCAUUCAGCAUGCGUACCUCAAUCAAGAGAAGCGAGUUCCUUGAGCAAGCUCAUUCAGAGAGAGCCGAGAUCACCAAUGUCAAGCUACUUGCAUCUUACAAUUGGCUUGAAGCCCCAUUACCAUGUGCCCCUCUUUGGCUUGAGUCAGAUGCAAAGCGUCCUGCACUACAUAACAUCAACUUUCAUUCGUAUGGACCAGACGUGGUACCCCCCUAUCCCAAGUGCCCGGCCGAGCCACUCUUCCGAGCUCUCAAGAUCUGCUCACCAUGUCUCGAUAUCAACACUGUCGACCUCGUCACUGACCGCGUCAACAUCAAAAGGCUGUUCCUCUUGAUCAGGGGUAAAGAGCUAGGCUUCAUGAUACAAGGCGAGCUUGUUGGUAAGACGGCAAUUUUACAUCGGGUCGAUCCCUACGAACGUCAUGGCCCCGAGCUCGACAAGAACAAUGGCUUUGGCAAGCCGUUCGACAAGCCCAUCACCUUUCCAAUGAUCGACAAUGACAAAGGCCACCAGAGGAUCGUCGGCUACCAAUUCGCCGGCAUCAGCAUGAUCGUUCGCUCGGAGAUAGAUGCCUACGUUGACUCCGCUGGCGUGCUGGAAGCGUUCGUUAACAAACAGGUAGUAGACAGGAACCCGCCACCUGACGAGGAGUGCUUCACUAACCCAACGACCUCCCUCACUGUCCGCCAUGUUGGCUGGGGCCACCAGCUUGAAACCGCAGUCGAGAUCAAGACCCGCGACGACCACGAACCCGUGGACUUCAACGCCAUCGGGCCACAGAUGUGGAUCUCGCAGACGUACAAGCUGGUGCGUGCCCGGCGUGACAGAGCGUCGCCCGUCUACGAGAGGCCGUGCGUGCAGGAUAUCUCGGAGUUGCUCAAGGACUUCGAAGAUGACAACCAGGAGGUGCUCCAGCAACUCGCUGGGAUCCUGCACCACAUCCUCUCGCGUCUCCGUGGCUCAGCGUCGGGUCGCGUGACCGUCCGAUGGUGCCGCAUUACGCAGCAGAUCCUGGUCACGUCCGGCGACGAGCCUGCCACCCCGUCUUUCCCUGCCGACAUGUUGAAGGACUGGGGCUCCUUCGACACGUACUAGGCGGUGGUGGCAGCGGAGAAGGUGGGCGGCGUGGGAGGGAGGUCGAGGACUCCAUGAGUGAGCUUCUUGCGGGCCUGGUCGCCUUGCCAACAC